UUAAAAGUCAACUAUCCAUGUUUCAUUGGUAUUAACAAUUUAUAUAUUUACAUCACUGUUUAUCUUUGUUUAAUGAUAUCAGAGGUGGAAAAGACAAAAAUGAGCAAGAAGAUGGUCGACACCAAUGCUGAGCCGGAUCUGGGAAAAAUGUUCUCCUUCCGUUAUACAUUCAGCCAGAAGGGAAAAAAUCGAUGAGGAAAGGCCUCAUGCUUUUGCAUGCGAAAAUAGAGAAAAUAUUGAUGGGGAACUGCCUUCUGUUUCUCGGAGAGAUGUAAUACUCAAAGCAUAUGGCACCACACAUUGAAUGCCCAGCUACUUACUUGAUACAGCCAGAUAGUAUCGAUAAAGCAAGGCAAUGCUGUUUCCUUUGCCUCCAAAGUCAGAAUGGGCCUUAUGCUAUUCAAGUGCCAUGCCGCCGACCAGAAAUCGAAAAAGAAGAACCCUCGCCAUUUGCCUUUAUUAGGCCGAAACAAGUGAACCCGACCGAAAAUGCUUCUGAAAGUGACGCGGUGAUUUGGAAUAGGAUGCUGGACAUGUAUUACGAGAUGGGUCACUGGAAAAGAUGGCUUCCUUUCUACGGCCCGGUAUCUGUGAAAGAGGUCGAGUUUGAAUUUCACAGGGCAAAAGACCAAGAUGGUUUGUAUGAGAUAUACGAUGUCAAAUCAGUUGACAUCAAGCGAGUCAAGAACAUUGCAGACUGCAUAAUUGAGAAAAAUGAGGCAUGCAAUGAUAAUGCUAAAAUCACUAUGGAGUACUGCUAUGGUUAUAUGCAUAAUCCAAGCUGCCCAGUGUCUACGUAUGACCCUCAGUUAUUGGACUUCUUAGAUCCCCCAACAUGUAUCCAGGAAGAGGCGAACGAAGCAAUGAAGCGGAAACGCAAAAUCAGUAUACUCGAAACAGUAGAUGUACUAAAGGAAUGCGCCCGAAGCCCGCAAAAGGCCAACGGGCUAGGAACAUUGGAUGGCAUGGCGCAGGAUAGUUGUAUCUACAACACGGAGUAUGUCAACACUACUGUCUUGGUUAUAUUGGUCUAACUCCUGGCAGGAAGGUCAUCGUCCCACAAUUUGGCAAGCGAUACCAACGACAUGAAAGAAUAAAAGGUAUUGAGAUAAGAAUGGGAUGGCAGAUGGACCGUAUAUAUUUAUAUGGCCCAAAAACUCUUGCCUGGUCGGCUCUGUGUAUGGCUAUAAUCUCGAUUUCCAUAGUAGCUUGGGGCGGACAGUCAAAGGAUUGGGGCAACGCAAUGGCGUUUGGGCAACUCCUAGCUGCAUUUCUGGCCAUUAUUGUUUCUUCUGUCAGAGAUUAAUUCGUUUGCUCACAUCUGUAGUAUUAAUGCAAAAUAGAUACUCAUGAC